UUUUCAGCAGUUUUCCUUUGAAUGACAGUGGCUGGGGAAGGGAAUGAAAAAGUUGUCCGAUCUCUCGCAGCCUCAACGCCGCUGAGCAGCAGUUGGAGAACUCCAAGCAAACUGAAUGGAUUGGCAUGGGGAGAAGCGGCACCCUCAACCUGGCUAAGCGGCAGCUUUGGUACUGGAUUUGUCUUUCAGUGGUUUCUAUGUGCUUGUUACUGCGACCAGUGUGCUGCCAAACAUGUCGUAUUCAACGCUGUAAUGCGGAGUAUGUGGCCUCAUUUUCACCCUCCGGUGGCCUGCAAGAGGAGGUGCUCCCAGAUGUGGACUACUGCAUUGCACUGAGGGCCUACUCCUUGUGUACCCGCCGCACCGCUCGUGGCUGUAGAGGGGACUUGGUGUACCACUCUGCUGUAUUUCGCAUUAAAGAGCUCUUUGCACAGCAUAACUGCUCCAGUGACGGCCCGACGUCAUCGGCCAAAGCUCCCAGCACCUCCAGGCCACCUGUGGUGGAUGUGUGCAACUAUGAAAGUCGGGUGCUUGCCAUGGGUCCUGCUGCCCAACAGAAAAAGUACGGACACUGUGGAUUAUUCGGGGAUCCUCACUUGCGGACUUUUCGGGAUGAGUUUCAGACAUGUAGGGUUGAGGGGGCUUGGCCACUCAUCCACAACCGAUACCUUUCAGUUCAAGUCACAAAUGUGCCAGUCAUUGAAGGCUCCAGUGCCACGGCAACCAACAAGAUAACAGUUAUCUUCAAGUCCUACCAUGACUGCACCGAGCAGAAGGUCUACCAGGCCACAACCGAGGACCUGCCAUCUGCGUUCCAGGACGGUACGCGCAAUGGUGGGAAAGGAGAUAGCCUGUGGAUCGUAGAAGCUAGCGGAGGUAUGGGAAUCCGGCAGGUGAAGAUCCACGCUCGCUAUCUGGGCACAUCCAUCAUUGUACGUCAGGUGGGUCGCUACUUGACCUUCGCGAUUCGCAUGCCUGAGGACUUAGCAGAGGAGAAUGGCGGUCUGCAGCUGUGCCUGCAUGGCUGUCCGCGAAGUGAGGUCAUUAAGGCCCAUAUACUGAACCGCCAACUGAGUCUUCGUCCUCCGCGACUCAUGGGCGGCUGGUACGGGGACGAGGAUGCCGCCGAGCUGCAGCCAGGCGGCUCGCCACAUAUGGACAUGUUGGAACGUGCCACCACAAAGUGUCGAGAGAUGCUACAGGUGGAGGACGUUUACUUCCAGUCAUGCGUAUUUGAUCUUCUCACAACAGGUGACCCAGAAUUCUCCAUGGCUGCAUAUGGCGCCCUAGAGGACCUUAAAGCACUUCCGCCCAGCACUCUGAAACAGAGCUCACCCAGGACUCCACAUGUUUUUAACAAAGGAGUGGUUGUUAUGCCAUCUGUUUUUGCAGUUCUGCUUCUACUUCUUUUGCUGAACUGAAAGAGCUGGCCUAGAUGGCAGACUGAGGAUAGAUAGCCACCAAGCUGACUGUUCUUCAGCCUUGAAACCCUCCUGGAAAUGGAUAUUGCUUAAGAGCAUAGUUCAACCAAAUUACAGAAUUUUCAUUGGGUGCACUAUCCUUUUAACAUUUUACACUCAAACUGAUUUAAAACUGCCCCCCUGUCAAAAAACUGAAACCAGCACUUGAGUGCAAUGUAAAAAUGGACCCAAAUCAACAUACUGCCAUUUAAACCUGCUGUGUUUUAUUCUUCUAAAUGGGAAAAUGGCAAAACACUACAAGCUUUCCGAAAAUGCGCUAUUACCUGAAUCGAUGAAGGCAGCCAAUCUGCAUCUCACUCAGAUUAUCACAAAUUAAGAGUGGAGACCAUCGAUAAAGACUUUAAGAUAAUGGGUGAAAGAACUAUUGCAAGACAGAUCAAGGAGUUUUAUUAUCGUAAAGGACGAAUCACACGAGUUUAGGUGCACUUCAAACUUUUUACUCAGAUAUACGAACCCUAGCGCUGAGGUUCAUUGUCAAUGUAUCUACACGGGAUCCAACAACUACAUGAAAUGCUACCUAUCCAUAUAUGUUUUGGUUCUGGGUUGAUAAUAUCCAUACAUAAUGCUACACAGGUACAGUCAUGCUGGCCAGACAGAAAAAAGACCUCUUCAAGCUGCUCUGCCUAUUAAGGUUAAAAAAAAAUGCAAAUUUCAAAAACAAAUUCUUUAUAAAAUAAUAUAUUGAAAGAGUGUAUAUAUGUGUUUUAUAAUGUGUACAUACACUUGUGUAUAGAUGAUGUUUUAAAUGUGAUACGUUUUGAAGCUGUUUCACCUAGCUAGAUAUUUUUUAGUUUGUAUUAGAUAAAUAAUAUGUGCUGUAUUGUGUAAUCUGUUUUCUAUAUUAAAAACAAUU